CUAAUUUGGCUGCAAAAGGGAAGUAAGGGAGAGGCGGGCACAGAUCGCGUUUCCAGACAGCGCCGUUUCAGUACCUUGGAGAGUUUCGCUCGCGUGUUGCUGCGCGCGCACCUUCCCCGAAUGGGAGCAGGCGGCGGCGAGGGCAGGAAGGCAGCAUAACUGCACCGGAGAGGGAGAGGCACCACUUGGACUUUGCCGGAGGCUGAUCAGAAGUACUGUACUGGGACACACACACGCUCCUCCUUGCAAGCCAGCCAUAGGACACCCAGGCGACUCGUCAGCAUCUACUAAAAGGGACUGCUUGAUCAGUGGGGAAAGAGAGGAGCCGCGGCUGGGUCACUUUCUCUUGCUGCCCUCUUUUGGGGUCUGUUCUCUGCUUUGGGAUCCGAACUGCGCUCUUCUCCCGUCGCUCUUAGCAUCGGCUCUAGAGGGGAGACUGGCUGUGUCGCCCCUCCAGUCUCCCUCCCCGCCCCCCACCCACCGCUCUUUAAAUUCCCCAACGAUUCCUUGCCAAAGACUUCUUUGCCGCUGGUCUCGGAUCUCCAGCAGCACCGCUGCUAAAGCCUCCUACCUUCCGGAUAUAGGACCUCGCUUGGCUCUGGGCAAUUUUCACAAGCCCAGGUUGGAAGAAUCUCCUUUUGUCUUCUGGUCGCCGCUUUGUGAGGGGUGGGGAGGGGGCGACAUUGAGGAGCCAAGGCUCCGCUCGACCAUGGGAUGGACGCCCUCUGCGAAUACAGCGACUGCUCCCUAGCAGCUGGCAUGAAAGAAGCCGGCCCGGGAGGAUCCCUGGAUCCCGUCCCCAGCCUGCUGGAGGGCAGCCUGUCGAGCAAUGGGACCAGCAACGAGUCCCUGCAAGAGCUUUGGGUGAGCCUCCUCAGCCUGGAGAGAGCCGCGGAGGGGCUGCAGGGGGGCGGCAGCUCGGUGGUCCUGCGGAUCCUCAUCUCCAUCAUCUACUCGGUGGUGUGCGCCUUGGGUCUGGUGGGCAACGUGCUGGUGCUCUACCUGAUGAAAAGCAAGCAGGGCUGGAGGAAGUCUUCCAUCAACCUCUUCGUGACCUGUCUGGCCGCCACCGACUUCCAGUUUGUGCUGACCUUGCCCUUCUGGGCUGUGGAGAAUGCCCUGGAUUUCACCUGGCUGUUCGGCAAGGCCAUGUGCAAGAUCCUCUCCUACGUGACCGCCAUGAGCAUGUACGCCAGCGUCUUCUUCCUCACGGCCAUGAGUGUCGCCCGCUACCACUCUGUGGCCUCUGCCCUGAAGACCAAAAGGCAAGGAGGGCUGUGGGGAGGGUGCUGCUCCGCCAAGUGGCUGUGUGUCCUCAUCUGGAUCUCGGCCAUCCUCGCCUCUCUGCCCAACGCCAUCUUCUCCACCACCUCCACCAUCUUGAGUGAGGAACUCUGCCUGGUCAAGAUCCCCAACAGCCAAGGCAACAACACCCAGUUCUGGCUGGGGAUAUACCAUGCCCAGAAGGUGCUGCUGGGCUUUGUGUUGCCACUGGCCAUCAUCACCCUUUGCUACCUGAUGCUGGUGCGCUUCAUCAGCGACAGGCAUGUGGGGGCCAGCUCAGGUGGCCCCAGCACCAAACGGCGUUCCAAGGUGACCAAAUCGGUGACCAUCGUGGUGCUGUCCUUCUUCCUCUGCUGGCUGCCCAACCAGGUGCUGACCACCUGGGGCAUCUUCAUCAAGCUCAAUGUGGUGCCCUUCAGCUACGGGUACUUCCUCUCCCAGGCAUACUUCUUCCCCAUCAGUGUGUGCCUGGCGCACUCCAACAGCUGCCUCAACCCCAUCUUCUACUGCCUCAUGCGCAGGGAAUUCCGCAAGGCACUCAAGAAACUGCUGUGGAGGAUCGCCUCGCCCUCCCUGACCACCAUGCGCCCUUUCACGGCCACCACCAAGCCAGAGCCGGAGGAGCAAGCCUUGCGCGCCCUGGUGCCCAUGCACCCUGUGGGUGAAUCUGCGGUUCCUGUUGCUGUCACAGCCACCCUGCCUGACAUUAUCGCAUACCCCCCUGGGGUGGUGGUGUACAGCAUGCGUUCUGACAUCCUGCCCACCAGCAGCUCCGCUGAGCUGCACUGUUAAGCCUACAGGGAUUUGGCAUGGAUCCAGACUGAGACGGAUGCUGUCUGCAGGAUCAGUCGCAAGGGGGCUCUUUAGGAGUUCCCUGGAACAGCCCCAUUUCAGGAGGAGUUGGAUGGUGUCUGCAGGACUUGGCUCCUUGCAGGGGUCCACCCGAAGAUAGGGGGGAAGAGGGGGGAAGAAGGGAAAUAUGGGUCUAGGGUUGCUCCAUAAUACAGGGGGGAAAGGGGGUGCCCACUGACAUGGUAUUUGGGAAACCAUGGUAUCCUGGUCAAAGGAUGCAGAGAAGACCGUCUACACAAGUGAGCUUCUGCACUGGUCCAGGGGAAACAAAGUACGUGCAUCAAUUCCUGGUGCUCUCUCAUUUCAUGGGAAUUGGAGGGGAAAGGGGCUAUGAUCCUGGUGCUGUUCCACUUCUUGGCGAACAGUUAGGUGGACUUGGCUGGAAAUACCUUAUCUUGUUCGGAACAGGUGCCCGUCCACAGAGGAAAUCCCCACAGAUGGGUGCAAUUCCAGAGGAUGGGUGCAAUUCCAGAGGGAGAUGAAAACAUGUUUAUAGGGGCUGCUCUUGGAACAACCUCAUCCUUAAAGGUGUGGCGCUGGUUUUUAUACUCAAAUCUGCACCCAUCCUAAGGGAAGUAGGGUCGGUGAUAUACAAGGAUGGAGUGGUCAGAGCAAUCUGGUGUAGAGGACUAUUGUACCCUACUGAGCUCAUGGAAGAGAAAUCUAGAGAAAAGGAGGUUGCAGCUACAGGAAUCUGCCACUGAACAUCCUAGCAUAUAGCUAUUAUUUUUAUUUUAGUGAGCAACACUGCAGAGGACAUUUGGGACUUCAAAGGGCACUCAAAAAGCUGUACUGUAGAGGUGGGUGGUUGGGAUGGUUGAGAGACCAGAUGGUGAUGCAGCCUGUGUUCAGGAGAGUUGUAAUGAAUCCAGGAACUGCCACCAACAGGCUUGCCCUGCCAAGCCCUGACUUCAGCAUAUAAAAAGAGCUCUUCCUGAUUAGAGACCAAAACUCCAUCUAGCUGCACAUCCUGUUUCUAAUACAGAGAGUUGAGCUCCCCACACCUUGACUUACAGGUAAUACCCCAUUAUCCAUUACUAGAACUGCUGUAAUGGCACAGUGUUUGCACAGUCUGCAUCAAAGACUUACCGUUACUGUUAUUAUACUGUACUAUACGAAGCAUGUUAUUAAUAUGUGAAUUGAUCCAAACUAAAUGACCCAGCCGAUACUGCAGCAUUGGACCUAAGGGAUGUUUCAAGGGAGACAGCUUUGUAUUGGAUUUUUCUGUAUCCAGAGACUGCACCUUGUUAUCUGUGAAUUAUUAAAUCACUGUACUCAUUGUCUUUA